AUGAAACCGCUUCCCUUCCCCCUCGCCCUGAACAUCGGCACCGACAUCGUCCACCUCCCCCGCAUCGCCCGCCUCCUCCAGCGCGCAAACUACCUCACCCGCUUCACGCAGCGCAUCCUCAGCGACCAAGAACAGCGUGACUUCCAAGCGCGCUUCCGAGACACGCUCCGCCCCCACAACUACGCACCCUCACCCCUGUCCCCCCCGCAAACCCUGGUCACGCCCGACAUGACGCGCUGGCUAGCCGGCCGCUUCGCCGCAAAGGAGGCCGCACGCAAAGCCGCGCCGGGCGGGGCAGCGUCUAUCGGGUGGAAAGACGUGGUCGUGUGGGUGGAGGACGAGCCUGCGCAGGCGCAGGCCGAGGGCACGAGUCGCCGGCCGCAGAUCGUGUACCUGGGGGCAGGCGAGGCGGAGGAUCGGCUUGGGCAGCUGUCUAUCUCGCAUGACGGCGAGUAUGUGGUGGCCACGGUGUUGGCGGCUGGGUGA